AUGGAUCAACAAGAGGAGAACAUCUCCAGCACAGGUCGGGCAGUACAAGCCCUUGCGACGCAGCCACGGACCUUCAACCGUGAACAGUCUAAGGUAGCAUUCGUACUCACACUGCUAUCAGGCAAAGCGGCUCUUUGGGGAACGGCGGUGUGGGCGAACCAGGACCCAUGCUGCACCUCUUUCCAGACACUCUCCGAGGAGAUGAGAAGGGUCUUCGAUCGGGCCGUGGCGGGUAGGGAGGCGGCCAGACUACUCGCUGACCUUCGCCAAGGAGACCGUUCAGUAUCGGAAUACUCCAUCCAAUUCCGCACUCUGGCCGCAGAGUGUCAGUGGAACGAGGAGGCGCAGUGGGACAUGUUCCUGCAUGGGCUGGAGGACCGGAUCCAGAAGGAGAUCUAUGUUCUGGACCUUCCCAGGAGUUUAAAUGGACUAGUGGAACUAGCCUUGAGGGUCGACGCUCGUCUGAGUCGUAUUGGCCGCCGAGCAUGCCCUAACAGACCGUAUAACGACACGGAGGGCUGGCAUGCCAGCGGCGGGAACACGGCCAGUUCAGCCUCCGCUCACGAACCCAUGCAGCUGGGGAGAGCUCGCCUCUCCCGGGAAGAGAGGGAGAGGCGGAGAUCCCAAGGACUCUGUCUCUACUGUGGUAGAGCGGGCCACUUUAUCCACUCCUGCCCGGUGUCUGAUUCUGUGUUUCUAGAGGAGGCAGUGGAUUUGUCUAACGUGCCCGUUGAAUACCUCGACCUGAAGGAGGUGUUCAGCAAGUCCCGUGCUGCUUCUCUUCCUCCGCAUCGUCCCUAUGACUGUGCAAUAGAUUUAUUGCCAGGUGAGUCUCCGCCUAAAGGCAAGUUAUAUUCACUCUCUGUUCCUGAGAGGGAGGUUAUGGAGAGAUACAUCUCUGAUUCUCUGGCCUCUGGAUUCAUUCGUCCUUCCUCUUCUCCAGCGGGGGCGGGGUUCUUCUUUGUGGGGAAGAAGGACGGAUCUCUGCGUCCUUGCAUUGAUUACCGUGGGUUGAAUAACAUCACAGUGAAGAAUACCUAUCCCUUACCGUUGAUGUCCUCAGCCUUUGAAAGGUUACAGGGAGCAUCCGUGUUCACUAAGUUGGAUUUACGUAAUGCAUAUCAUUUGGUUCGCAUAAGGAGGGGGGAUGAAUGGAAGACCGCGUUUAACACCCCCAGAGGGCACUUCGAAUAUUUGGUCAUGCCUUUUGGGCUAUCCAACUCCCCAGCGGUUUUCCAGGCACUCGUCAAUGACGUGCUGAGAGAUAUGAUUGAUCAGUUCAUAUAUGUUUACCUGGAUGACAUACUGAUUUUUUCUUCUUCUCUCCAGGAACACGUUCAGCACGUCAGACGAGUGCUUCAGAGGUUGUUGGAGAAUGGACUUUUUGUCAAGGCGGAGAAAUGCAUUUUUCAUGCACAAUCCGUUCCAUUCCUAGGUUACAUCGUCUCGACUGAAGGUAUUCACAUGGAUCCUGACAAGGUUAAGGCUGUGGUGGAUUGGCCAAGCCCAGAUUCCCGUAAGGCCCUACAGAGGUUUCUGGGAUUCGCCAAUUUCUACCGGCGUUUCGUUCGCAACUUUAGCCAGAUAGUCGCUUCUCUUACCGCCUUAACCUCCCCCAGAGUGACGUUCAGGUGGUCCGAUACAGCCGAGGCUGCAUUCGCCAAACUCAAGAGCCGCUUUGUUUCGGCCCCCAUCCUCAUAGCUCCCGAUCCCUCGCGUCAGUUCGUGGUGGAGGUGGACGCUUCAGAGGUGGGGGUAGGUGCGGUACUUUCCCAACGUUCCUCUUCUGACGACAAGAUGCACCCUUGCGCGUUCCUGUCCCAUCGGUUAUCACCUGCGGAACGCAACUACGACAUUGGCAACAGAGAGUUGUUGGCAGUGAAGUUAGCACUGGAGGAGUGGCGCCAUUGGUUAGAGGGUUCGGGGGUACCUUUUAUAGUUUGGACCGAUCACAAGAAUUUGGAAUAUAUCAGAACCGCCAAGCGACUCAACUCCAGGCAGGCGCGGUGGGCACUCUUUUUCGGACGUUUUGACUUCUCUCUCUCGUAUCGCCCGGGUUCCAAGAAUGUCAAACCCGAUUCCCUUUCUCGCAUUUUUGACCAUUCCGAACGCCCAUCCACUCCCGAGUGCAUCCUACCCGGGACCCUAGUGGUCUCCACACUCACAUGGGAGGUUGAAUCGAGGGUCAAAACGGCCUUAGAAGGGGUAAAGCCUCCGCCCGGUUGCCCGCCUAAUCGGUUGUUUGUGCCGGAGGGGUGUCGGUCCGAUGUUAUUCGGUGGGGGCAUUGCUCCAACGUAGCGUGUCAUCCAGGAGUCAGCCGCACUAGCUUUUUGGUUAAGCAACGCUUUUGUACGGAGUCCGAGGUCACUGUUCCCUCCGCUCACGCUUUCAUCCAGAGGUGCCGUCACGCAUGGAGCAGAGCCCGUGAGACUCUUCUCCGGGUGGGGGCGCGCACCAAGGCUAAGGCCGAUCGCCGCCGGUCGAAGCCUCCGGCACGCAUUAACCCGCCGGUCCCGGUUCCCCCGCCGCCACGACUUGUUGAUGGGGAACCCACCUUUUCUGUCAAUCGUAUUUUGGACUCUAGAAGGAGGGGACGCGGAAUCCAGUACCUGGUGGACUGGGAGGGUUACGGUCCGGAGGAGAGAAGUUGGGCCAUGGAGGAACUUAAGGAGAAUACUAAGAGGUAUCCGUUGGUGCGGGCUGCAUCCGAGGAGAGCUCCAGUGAGCUGAGCAGCUCUCCGUUCCCAGGAGACACCAUGCCCUGGAACCUCUCCAAACACCACCAGAUCAAACGCUCCAAGUCUACCUCCGGAGACGUGCAUGUGCUGGACUCGGCGGAGAGGGCCGUUCUCCGUAUCGCAGAGGAACUUGUGUAG